AAUGGCGGCCAUCGUCGUUGCGACAUAUGUAGCGUGACAAGACAUGUCGAUUUUGUCCAUGUUAUAUGAAAAAAACCAAUGGCAGAUUCAUUCUUCGGGUUCGAUACUUCGUUAUCGAACUUAAAUGAUGAUGAAGGAGGAGGAGAGCCUUCCGAGGACGAGUAUGAUGCACUCAAUGAUGAGACCUUCGGACAGGAUUCACAAGAGCUGGACUGGGAGGUGCAACACGAACAGUUGGCAGAGCAGUUGGAGAGCAGCAGGAGGCAUCCUGGCAUUGACGAUGUCAACUCACAGCUGGAAGCAUCUCUGUCCCAGCUAGUACUGGACGAGACAGACUCAAGGCAAUCACGGACACUCGGUUCCAGUGUGUGGAGACAUGACUUACCUGUUGCCACAGUUCCAACGCAACCAGUUCAGAACCUCAAGAAUGUGUGCACUGUGGAGGAGCUUGAGCGACAGAUGCGACAGAAGCAGCAGCAGCAGCAGCAGCAAACUCAGAACUUCUUCCAGCCUCGUUUUCCCCCAGUUAUAUUACAAAGGCCACCAGGACUUCAAGCGCCCGUACCACUGCCGUUUGCUCCACAACAACAGCUUCAAUCCAACGCCAAUAGCAUCAAUCAACCGCUCAACAAAAUAAUUGGGCAAAUUAACCAAGUCGGUCAACCCAAUCAAAUGAUGCAAAAUCAAAUGGGCCCAAAUAUGAACCAGAUGGGCCAAAGCGUGAACCAGUUCAUGCAGGCCGCCAAUCAAAUGGGUCAGUUUCAAAACAACCAAUUAAAUCAAAACAAUUUGAUGGGUUUGUCGUCGAACAUACAAACUAAUCAAAUGUUACACAAUCAAAUGAACCCAAACGUUUCUCAACUGGUGCAGAAUCAAUUAAACCAAAUGAACCAAGGGAAUCAAACUAAUCAGAACCAGAUGCAAAUGGGUAUGAACCAGAUGGCUCCGACUCAGGGUCAGGUGGGUCAGAAUUUAGUUCAAAACAUGAGCCAACUAAGUCAAAAUCAGAUGGCACAUAAUCAUAUGAACUCUUUCAACCAAUUGGGUCAAAACGUGAACCAAAUGAACCAGGGCGUCAACCAGUUGGGCCAAAAUCAAAUAGGCCAAAAUCAACCAAUGUCUCAAAUGGGCCAAAAUCUAAACCAUAUGAGUCAGAACGUUAACCAGAUGAUGCCGAACGGUAACCAGUUCAAUCAGGGCAUGAACCAGUUCACUCACAACAUAAUGGGGCAGCCUAGAAUGAUGGCUCCUCCGCCGGGUAUGAACAUGCCGAGGCAAAAUUUUACGCAGAAUAUGGGCCCGUUUAACCCAAAUUUUCGAGGCCCAACAAUACAAUCAAAACCAGAACAAAUAUCCCAACCAAUGGUGAACCAAUUUCAAACUAAGAACCAAUCGCCUAUCAGCACGAAAUCGUCCAACCUAUCGCCGCAAACCAAGCCUCAAGCGAAAGCUCAACCUAAAGUCGACCCUAAGACUAAGAGCAGAGUGUUCAACUCUAAACCUCAACAGCAGAACUUGACAUCACAGAAUUUAGUCCAAAUGAUACAGAACACACAUCCUAUGUUGCAUAUGAACAGCAGCUAUCACAAUGCAAGUCAUCAUCCGAUGUUGAAUAAUAGGAAUCUGUUCAAUAACCAAUUCAUCAACAGUCAUAUAAUGAAUCAAAGGCACAAUGGAACGAUUGGCAAUAAUAUAAACACUAUGAACGGUGAUGACAACAGCGCGUGCAGCGACAGCGACGAGUACGCGGGCCUGAUGACGCAGCGGGAGAAGCAGUGGCUCAUCAACAUACAGAUGCUGCAACUCAACUCCGGAACACCGUACAUACACGACUUCUACUAUACGGUGUUUUUAGAGAGACAAGCGAGUAAAGAAAAGGAAGGCCUCAAAGAAGCACACAAAGCGAACCAGCAAAAUCAUCCGUUCUACAGUGGUGGUGUAAAACAGGAGACUCAUACUAGAGAGCGUCACAACUCCAACAGGCACAACUCGACGAGUGAAGACGCCACGCCGAGGACGUAUGUGCCGGCGCAGUUCGAAAACUCACUUGGAAAGUUGCAGUGUGGUAGUGUGACGGCGCCCCGUAAAAUCAUCGACGUAGAAGUAGUACCGGCCGAUACCCGCCCCCCCUCGCGGGCCGCGAGCAGGGCCAGUACUACCAAUCCCGCUGAAGUGCCGAGAGAAUUGAAGCGGACGAAACAGCUGUUACUUGAUAUUGAAUCGCUUUAUGUUAUACUGCUGAGGCUCGAAGAGUUGAACGACCCGUUGGCGAUCUCCAACGCGCUUAUAUUGAAGGAAAGAGAAGAGAAGCAGAAGCAGUUGGAAGCAGCACAGAAGGAGUUGGAAGAUCAAGAGGAAGACUCCAAUCUCUUUUUGAAAAACAUAGAAUCCGUGCAGAGGAGGCCCAAACAGGAGAGUCCUAAGAGCGAAACCAUAGAUAAGAGACAGGUGGUAAACUUAGCAGUAUGUCAGAAACCACCCGUGAAGAAUUUACUGGAUGAAGACAAAGACGAACUCAUGGGGAAAAUGUUCUCCGGACUGUUGCAUGGGGACAGGUUGCCACAGGCGCUCACUGUUAGAAAGGGACGGACGUUGGUAUCGCGAUUUCUAGCUAGAGUACCACCGACGCAUCCGCGCCUGAGGAGCAUGUGGUCCAGAAUACUCAGGUGUAUCACUGCGGCCGCCAGGAGGGACGACGGUACCCUUGUCACAUUAGCACCGCAUUAUAGGAGGUAUAUCCAAGGUACUACAGGUUGGUCUGCGGUAUUAGAAUCGUGCAGUAUGUUGGCGGAAGCUUUCGAUCCUGCUCGCACACCGUACGCUCUCACUUCCUCGUUCACUUUGUCCUGCGUCUGUGCGUUAGUGGAAAGAGCCACGUGUCUAGUGAACACACCAGAAGCCACUUCCAACGAACGGCAAUGGUCCAAGUUUCUAAAAACACUGGCCAGAGCGUUGAAGAAUACCACGCUCAACGUAGCGAAACCGUUACACCCGAUGCAGGAAAACAAACUGAUGCAUCAUAUAAAGCAGCUGGAGUCCAGAUCCACUAUAGAGAUAUUGCAGAGGGGGAAAAGUGCCACUGAGUUUGCUGACGUCACCAAGACGGAUGUGCAAGAGCAGCUGAUCAAGCAUUUGUGUUGAUUGGCCGCGAUGUGAGCCGAUACCGGCGGUUUACAUUCGCCGAUGUUGGCCAAUGUUGGUCGGCCAAUCUUGGCCGGUGUAACUGUGUAUUUGUAGCCUUUUUUUCACGUUGAUCCGACCGGCAUUGGAAGCAAAUAUUGACUGACUGUUUCACGUUCCUUUGACUAGUUCGAGAUCGUUGAAGGUUUUUUAAUUGUUACGGGAAUAGGCUAACAAUUACCAUGGCCGAUAUUUGACGAAGUUGAAUGUGACAAUGCAUUGUAGCAUUUAUUUCAAUAUUUGUUACGAUGUUGGCGUAUUGGCCAAUAUGGCGGCUUGUGUUGUAUUCUGGAUUGUCAGCGCAAGUAUUGGAAGACAUAUUUGUUAAUUUUGAUACGCCCUUUUCGCGAAGUAACAAAGUGAUAGGUCCAUGCAAAUAUUUGCGCCCACAAUACAUGUUGUAGGAAUACGGUAGGCAAAUGAAUGUAAAAAAUACCUCAGAAAUGUAAGUAUGUAGAUCAAUUUUUCAUCAUAAAUCGAUUUGUUAUAUGGUUCGAAUGAUCGGUUUCAUGUUUUUUUUUUUUUAUAUAAAAGAAGCAAUAAUUAUGCAUUUGCCUAUGACCAAUGUAAAUUCUAAUUUGACUUAAAAAGUUGUAGAUAAAAAAAUUGUGAUUUUUUUUUCUAAUUUAUGUACUUGGCCUGGGCAUUUAUGUUGGCGAAACGAGAGCAAAUGUGUGAUCCAACGUUUGGUUUGGCCAGUGUUUAAAUGAUAAUCACUAUGACGUACACUGUAUAAAGUUUU